AUGAAGUCAAGUCGAAACGAGGUUCUGUCCUCGCCCGACGCAGACUACGAAAUCGAAUACGAUCCCAUCGAUCAAGAAAAGUCAAGGAGACAAGAAAGCGACCGCAGAGCAAGAUCACAGCAAAACGAAGUCAAGUCGAAACGAGGUUCUGUCCUCGCCCGACGCAAUGCCAAGAAGGGAGACUACGAAAUCAAGGAAAGUCAAGCGAUAAAAUCACCAGAAAUCACAAAAAUAAAGCAAAAUGAAGUCAAGUCGAAACGAGACUCUGUCCUCGCCCGACGGAUCACCACAAGCAAAGACUACGAAACAAGAGACAUGAAGACAGCAACAAAACAGCAAAGAUCAAGCGAAAUGAAGUCGAGAUUCCAUCCGACCGCCACCAUCAGGAAGACCACCGAGGGGAACGCCCAGACCACGACCGUCAAGGAAAAAUCAACACGAUCCGAUAGACUACGACAGAUCAUCUCUCAUCAAAAGGUCACCACAAGAGAAUCAUCAUACGCAUGCGCUAAUUUCAAAAAACAGGAAUUUCAGCACACACUAGAGGGGAUGCGCCCACCCAUCCAAGGCAACUAG